AUGUCAAUGGAUCAUGUCCACCAGCUUGAAGCCCUAUCCGAAGAGAAGGCUUGGGAACUCUUUUGCAAGAAAGCCUUCCAUUUGGACUCUGAGGGUCAUUGUCCCCCUGAAUUGGAGGAAGUAUCACAUGCAAUUGUUAGAAAGUCUCAAGGUUUGCCACUUGCAAUUGCAGCUAUAGGUGGUCUCUUGUCCACACAAAAAAAAAAGGGUAUAUUUGAGUGGCAAAAAUUCUAUGGUAGCAUGCACUCUGAAUUGGAAAGGAAUCCUAAUCAUACAAGCAUCAAAAAUUUUUUGUUGUUCAGUUAUAAUGAUCUGCCUCACUACCUCAAAUCUUGCUUCUUGUAUUUUGGCAUAAUGCCAGAGGAUUACUCUAUAUGUUGUGGAAGACUAAUUCGGCUAUGGAUAACUGAGGGUUUCAUUGAAAAGCAGAACGGAAAAACAUUGGAAGAAGUUGCAGAAGAAUACUUGACUGAGCUGAUCCAUAGACGCUUAGUUCAAGUGUCAAUAACAAAAUUUGACGAAAGAGUUAAAAAGUGCCGAGUACAUGAUGUAGUGCGUGAGAUUAUUCUCUCAAUGUCCGAGGAGUUUAGUUUGUGUCAAAUUUUGGAAAAAGAGAAUCCAAGUUUCAAUAACACAACUCGGCGGCUAUCUAUGCAUAUGCGUUAUUGCAACAUGGAUAAGGUUAUGGAAAGCAUUAGUAAGUCCCCAAUUCGUUCUGUUUUUCUUUUUCAAGGCGGAGAGCUGCCAAAGAAGCCCUUAUUGGUAGGAGUGAAGAUACAAAGAGGGAUUGGGGCUUUAGAGGAGCUGCAAAAUUUGUGGUAUGUGGAGACAAAUCAUGGCCCAAUUAAAGAGCUUGAGAAAUUGAGGCAGCUAAAGAAGUUGGGAAUUACGAAAUUGGACAGAGAACUUGGGAGGGCUCUAUGUGCAGCCAUUGAGAAAAUGAAAUACCUUAAAACUUUGAGUGUACUGGCCUCAAGUGAUGAUGAGAUUCUGGAUUUACAGUAUAUAUCAUCAUCUCCACCUCAAUAUCUUCAACGUCUCGAUUUGGUUGGAUGUUUAGAGAAGUUGCCUGACUAG